AUGAAGAGAAAGCAUUAUGUGGGCAACCAAGAACAAAAUACACAAGAAGGAUCCGGUUGCGACGACUGCAUCGAAGCUGAGCAAAAUUACAUUAGUAAGCCCAUUCUAUUCACUAUCAAUAAGUUACAAAGUAUUCCUGACAAGCCGAUCAAAGUAGGAGUAAGAAUAGGCGGACGAAAUCUCACUAUGGAAUUAGAUUCAGGCGCAGCGACAUCGGCCGUCUCAGAAAAGUUCUACGAAAAACAUUUGCAGUGCUUUAAACUAAAAGAAGCUAACCUUGAAUUAGUGACGUAUAACGGGCAAAAUUUAAGUGUGCUGGGAUGUAUUGAACCGGUAGUGGCUUACUCUGGUAAAGAGAAAAGUGUAAGUUUCGCUUUGGGAAAAUACAAGCCAGUGCCAUUGAGCCUGCAGUCCAUUGUGAACAAAGAAAUCGAGUUGAUGGAGAUUAACGGUGUUAUAAGUAGAUGCGACUCAUCAGAGUGGGCUACUCCGAUCGUCCCUGUUCUAAAGGAUGAUGGAAAACGGAUUCGGCUGUGCGGUGACUAUAAAGUGACAUUAAAUAAAGUUUUAAAGGACGUGCGUCAUCCAUUGCCCCGAGUGGAAGAGGUAAUGAGUAAACUGGCUGGUUCUAAAUAUUUUUCUAAACUAGAUUUGAGUAGAGCAUAUAACCAAUUUGAGUUGAGUGAAAAAUCUAAAAAGUUGUGCGCACUUUCCACUCACAAAGGAGUGUUCUUGAUGAACCGACUGCCGUUUGGAGUAAAACCAGCUUCAGGAAUAGUGCAAAGAGAGCUAGAAAAGUUGUUGGCUACAGUUCCGGGCGUGGUAAAUUUUCUAGACGAUGUAUUAGUUGCAGGUAAAACGCGUGAAGAACAUUUGGAGAGGUUGGUGCAAGUUUUAAAAAUAUUAGAAGAUGCUGGACUGACGUUAUGUAGAGAGAAAUGUAGUUUCAUGAUGCAUAGGGUAAGAUACCUUGGUUUCGAGAUUUCAGGUGACGGUAUUACUAAAACAAGUGACCGAAUUAAAGCUAUAUCAGAAGCGAAACCACCAGCUAACGUGCCUGAAGUGCGUGCCUUUGCCGGACUCGUGAACUACUACAGUAGGUUCGUGAAAAGUUUAGCUAAUCUAAUGUCACCCCUAUACCAGCUGCUAAGAAAAAAUCAAAAAUUCGAUUGGGGCAUAGAGUGCCAAGAAGCAUUCAAGAAGGUCAAAAACGAAAUUUGUAAGGAUAUAACUUUGACACAUUUUGAUCCAAACAAGGAUAUAGUGUUGAUUUGUGACGCGUCAAAAGACGGAAUAUCAGCGGUGUUAGCACACAAAAUUGACAAUGUCGAUCGCCCUGUGGCAUUUGCUUCUAGAGUAUUGAGUGGUUCAGAGAAAUCAUACAGUGUAUUACACAAAGAAGGUCUGGCCAUAAUGUACGGUUUAAAUAAGUACUACCAAUAUUUAGCAGGAAACAAGUUCACCAUCAAAACCGAUCACAACCCAUUGGUAUCCAUUUUGAGCCCGCAGAAAGGUAUACCGGUUAUGGCUGCUGGACGCAUCCAGCGAUGGGCUAAUUUUCUCUCCGGUUUCAAUUACAAUCUGGAAUACGUUAAGUCCGGAGACAACAUUGCAGAUUAUCCGUCAAGAGCACCCAUAGAAUCGUGGGAACUGUGGAAAGAAGAUGCUUCGUACCUGGAUUUUGUGACGUCACAAGAAACGGUUCUGGUGGAUAAAAAAAUGUUGAAGAGGAGCACCGACAACGAUGAAACUUUGACCAAACUACGAAAAUGUAUUUUGGACGGGAACCGAUGUGGUGCCGACGCAGAAUUGGUGGCUUUUAAAAAUGUCUUCGAAGAGCUGUCUAUAGAAGACGGCAUCAUCAUGCGUGGCUAUCGUGUCGUAGUACCGAUCACACUACGGAACGAAAUGCUGCGCAUUCUUCAUUCGUCCCAUCUUGGUAUCAAUAAAAUGAAAAGCGUUGCGAGAGGUAGCAUUUGGUGGCCUGGUCUCGAUUAUGAUAUAAAAAUACACGCUCAACAGUGUGAAUCGUGUGCCCUGGAACAACCGUCACCGCCUCGGGCAAAACUCAUUCCAUGGAACGUCCCUGAAAAGCUUAUGGAAUGCAUGUCCAGAUUCGGUUUGGUCGACGAAGUAGUCAGUGACAACGGCACACAAUUUACAGCCGAAAAAUUUCGGCGGUUUCUGACAGCCAACGGAAUCAAGCAUACACUCACAGCGCCGGGUCAUCCAGCAACAAACGGUGCUGCGGAAAAUUUUGUAAAAUCCUUCAAAACAUCAUUAAAGAAAUCCCUCCGAAGCAGAAAUGGUCGAGCUCUAACAGAAAUUAUCUGCAACAUUUUGAUGGGCUACCGUAAAUCAAAACAUUGCUCGUCACAAGUGGCUCCUGCGAUCGCAAUGUUCAACAGAGACAUAAAGUCGAGAAUGGAUCUGGUAAACCCCAUGAACAAAACGUGCACAACAUCAGACCGCAUGAAAUUGAAUAUCGAACGAAGCCAAAAAAAACAGAUAAAGCAAUAUAAGGGAGUUAGAGAAGCAGUGUUCAACAGAGGGGAAUCGGUGUUUGUUAGAGAUUACUCUAAUCCGAACAAAACUGCCUGGACGAAAGCAGUGGUGCUGCACACAGUGGGUCUAAGAAACUACAUAGUAAAGCUUGACGUUUCUGGUAGAACCAUCAAGCGUCACACUGAUCAAAUGGUGAAGGAUAACACAGCAGUAAUAGAGACCUCCGAGCAACUUCAACGUGAACCGAAAGUAAAAGACACUUUCACGAAGGUGCCACCGCAAUGUGACGUGGGUCAGGGAUUAGCGAAGACUGAAGAAGUGUCCUACAAAAAUAUUUUGAGCAAUCAAUCACAAGAGGAUCCGAAAAACAGGAACGGACAGCUUGUUGCAGUAGAAGAAGAGAGCUCAGCUUAUGAACCAUCGGAAGAAAUGUUUAAACAGAGGAUCGAAACAAUUAUCAUGAACAGGUUUGGAUAA